AUGAAAGUACAAUACUCACGUAAUACCAUCAAAUCACUCGCAAAUUCAGCACCAUCAGUUGCCGAUGACAGUUUUAAUACAGUCUGUGCUCAAGCUAUUUUUGAUUCAAUUGUUAAAAGUGUUCAACAACAUGGACGUGCUAUGGUAGGACUUUCAGGAGGCUCAACACCAAUUCCAAUUUAUGAAAAAUUAUCAAAAUUAAUGCAACCACUUCUUCCGAAUAAGAAUAUUAUUUUCUUUUUAAUGGAUGAUCGUUAUGUUCCACAAGAUGAUAAGGAUAGUAAUCAAAAAUUAGUACUUGAAUCAUUGACAAGUAGUGUUACUGAUCAAAUUACUUUAAUUUUCCCAAAUUCUCAACUUUCAAUUGAUGAAUGUGUUAAAGAUUAUGAAAAUAGAUUGAAACAAGAAUUAGCUCUUCAACCAAAUCAACAAGUUACUUUAUCUACAUUGGGAAUGGGUCCAGAUGGUCAUACUUGUUCAUUAUUCCCUUCAAGUACAGUUAUUCCUGGAACUUUUGAUAAUGAAUUUAAAAUACUUCACACAACUACAACUCAAUUUGCUGUUUUUGAUAGAAUUACUGUUAAUUAUCACUUUUUAUUUAAACACUCAGCUCAAUUAUUCAUGUUUUUCAAAGGACAAGAUAAAACUGAUUUGUGGAACCAAAUGGAAUCAAUCAUUACCAAGGGAGAAUAUAAUACCCAAGACUCAAUCCCACAACAACUCGUUUAUCCAUGUAUUCAAUUUUUAUUGAUGGAAAAUUGUACUCUCUUUGAAAGAUGUUAA